CCCAGCCCGCGCGAGACUCUGGCAGUCAGGGACCGAGCGCUAAUACACAGCCCGGACUCGGGUGCCUUUCCGGCCAGGAGCCCAGGCCGGCCAGGAGCCCAGGCUUGGAUCCCCGGACGCUGGGACAGGCUGCCCUCAGGCCACGCCUGCGGCGCGCUGGCCGCGACGUUCCCCGCAAGACCCACCAGCGCGCCCGGGAACCAGCGAGCGGCCCCUCACCGAGGCCGAUGCCCACCCUCGUGCACCCUCAGGCCCGUGGCACCCAGGGGAACCCGCCGGGCCCCGGACCCCCGACAUUGAUGUCACCAAGCCACAGAGAGGCUGCCCGCCGCCCUCCGUGCCAGCCCCCGCCCGCACCCUACCAGGCUCGACGCAGGAAGAUCGUAUUUGAGGAUGAGCUGCCCUCCCGAUCCCUCCGGGAUACCUCGAAACCUGCCGCAGCUGGGCCGGGGAGGCGGACUCCCAGGCCGCACUCAGUGCCGGACUAUGAGCUUAAGUACCCGCCGCUGAGGAGCGAGAGGGCCCGGAGCCGCUAUGUCGCUGUGUUCCAAGACCAGUAUGAGGAGCUGCAGAAGCUCCAGCGCGAGGUGGGCGCCGCCCGCGCCAAGCUACAGCAGCUGGAGGCGCAGCUGCGCUUGCUGCCUCCACCUCGAGGCCAGGAGGAGGCCCAGGCUGUUGCGCACGUCUGGCAGGAGCUGGAGAAGAAGCACAAGGAUCCUCGCUUUCUGCAUAGGCAGGCACGCUGUCUCUACCUAAAGGGUAAACUGAGGCACCUCAAGACUCAGAUCCAGAAGUUCGAUGAUCAAGCAGACAGCGAGGGCUCGGUGUACUUCUGAGAGACCCGGAUGCAGACACAGGAGGGUGUGACCCACAAACUGGCACUGCCUGGCCAAGUUGGCCAGGUAAUCCCGCGGGACACUGGGUCUCAGCCCCAAGGAAUGAACAUACAGUAAAUGCCUGCAGUGUGAGGCUGCGUAACACUCCUAACUUCA